AUGGCAUUCGCCGCAAUAAAUUUAUCGGCUACGAAAAAGAUUCCAGCCAUUGAAGAUGCUUUCGCCGCCGAACCUUCUUUGAAGAAACGAGUCUACGAUGCGAUCGGGACUACCCCGCAGUAUAUACCUCUCUUCGAGGACAUUGCCAAAUAUACCUCCAGCCUGCUGGUCAGGAAUGCGAGCGCCCCCGUUCAGCCUGUAGAGACGCCUACAGACGGUCCUGCGGCGAAGAAACGAAAGCUACAGAAUGGAGAUACUGCAGGACAGGCACAAUCGCCAGGCGAUUUGAAAGCCGAUGCGCCCUUACAAUUCUAUAUGCAGGAUAUUUCCUUCGCUCUUCCGCAACGGAAAAAGCUUACACUCGAGAUUACGGCCGGGCGCGGUUUUCUUCGCGCAAGGAAUCAGACGUCGAAGGCAGUGGAGUUUGGCAUCCACGUGGACAAAAUACAACAUGUCCUUUGCCUUCCUGUCCCGGAAAAGAAUCAGAAACAGUUCAACUUCUGCAUUAUCCCUCAAUAUGGCGAUGGCAUAAAUUCACCACCGGAGGGCGAAACUGCCCCCGAGGCGAUGGUGUGGACGGUCAAUGACGGUCCUCCCAGGGCUGCAUUCUCGGGCAAUGGACAACAGAUGGGAAGCAACGACGGGCAAACAGCUGAGAAUGUUGUAAGGCAAAUGCUGAAUGAGAACCUAUCGCAGACAAAGGUGGUGCGUCCAGAUGAGAGGGAAUUUGUCAGUGCUAUGCCUGAGGCGCAUCGGAAGGGAGAGAAAGCGUAUCAUGUCAAGGCCUUCCGUGGCAGUAAGGAAGUUUUUUUUGCUUUCGAGAACAUCGACUCGAUCUCAUACACCUCUGUGCUCCAGCGAACCUUGAACCUUAACAUUGUGGCUCGGCCUACUUCGAGUGAUGAAACGCAGGAACUGGAGUUUUCUAUGAUCGAUCAGGCGGACUUUGCCGGAAUCGAUGCUUACAUCAAGAAGCACGGUCUACAGGAUGCUAGUCUUGCAGAAGCCCGACGUGCGAAGAGAUAUAAUAUUAAUGGAGCGAAGACUGGGGAGGAAGGUGCUAUGGAUGCGGAUGGUCCUGUUGAGGAAGAAAGCGAGCUGCAGAAGGCGCAGCGCGAGCUAGAUGACGAGGAAGAUGAGGACGAAGAAGACUAUGAUCCCGGCAGCGAUGAUAGCAACGACGGUAGUGGCUCCAGCAGCGAGGAAGACUCUGAUGAGGACGGCGAUGAGGAUGAAGAACCGUUUCAAGGCGGCAUGGUGUGUGGGUUUCAACCGCCGGGAAGCGCACCACUGCCCUACAAGAAAAUACAUGCGAGGGCUGUUUGGUGGGUCACCUACGUGUCAGGUGGAGCUUUUCAAUGUUUUGGGUGGCUGUUCAACUGUAUAUGCCGCUUGUUGCUAUGCAUAUCACCAAGCGCCAUUCACUACGCACUGACGGUGUCUCCCAAGACCCCGCGCUUUGUAGUGACUAGGAUAUGCAUCCUUCGCCGGUAG